AUGCCUCUGGAGAAAGAGCCAUUGAAGGGAAAAGUGUUUGUGUUUACUGGCGAUAUGAGCGUCAGCAGAGACAAUGCAAGGACAAAGGUGGUUGUCCUAGGUGGAAGAUGUACAACGGUACCAUCAUCCAAAACUACAUUUCUUGUUGUAGGAGAAAGCCCGGGUAUUUCAAAGAUGCAGAAGGCAAAAGAACUAGGCAUAAGAAUUCUAAACGAAGAGGAGUUCAUGCAGUUAAUCAGGGAAAACGAGAAGGGACUUGGUGACGCAAUAAAGGUGGAUGUUGGCCCAGGGAAUACUAAGAAUGAUAACGAGACUGCCUUGAGUAACAUAUGGAGUGAGAAAUACAGGCCUAGCAAGAAAGAUGAAAUCGUGGGAAAUAUAGGGAUUUCCAAGCAACUAGAAGACUAUCUCCAGGGACGUACGAAAUACAAAGCAGCAUUGCUAAGUGGACAGCCAGGGAUUGGAAAAACAACAAUGGCGCAUGUGGUUUGCAAGUAUCUUGGGUUUGAUAUAGUUGAAUUCAACGCUAGUGAUGUUAGAAGUAAGUCUGAAAUAGCUAGUAAAAUAAGGAGCUUUGUAAACAGCCAGUCUGUUUGCCUAGGUGUAUCCAGAAAGAAGGUUCUUAUAAUGGAUGAAGUCGAUGGGAUGUCUAGUGAUAGAGGAGGAAUUCCUGAGCUUGUUAAUGUAAUUAAGGAGACUGUGAUACCAAUCAUAUGCAUAUGUAAUGAUCGUAAUAACCUAAAGAUAAGAACACUAUCAAACCAUUGCUUAGACUUAAGAUUCAGGAAGCCGGAUCCUAGGCAAAUGAUUUCAAGAAUCAAAUACAUACUUGAUAGAGAAGGGAAAAAAAUAUCCGACGGAUUGCUCAAUGAAAUAAUAUCAAAAAGUAGCGGGGACAUGAGGUAUUCCAUCGGCAUGGUUCAGAGCAUUGCACUCAAAAGGGCUCUUACCCCAAGUGUAGCGGAAAGCUUUGUUAGAAAGAACGUGAUGAAAAAUGUGUUUGAUAUAGCAGGAGAGGUUUUCCAAAGAAGGUCUAUCACCGAAAAGAUCGACCUUUACUUUGAAGAUUAUUCGCUAAUUCCGCUUUUUGUAAACGAAAACAUUUUAAAAACUCCAUUUAAAAGUGCAAGAGAUCUUUCUGAGUGCUUUGACUCAAUCAGCUUAGGAGAUAUUGUUGAAAAGCUGAUGAGGGGGACUAAUCAGGAUUGGAGCCUUGCGCCACUUCAUGCUGUGUAUAGUGUUGCAAUACCUACUGAGGGAAGGCCUCUGACAAAGAAAAUGAUGUUUCCAUCAUGGCUUGGGCAAAACUCUAAACAUUUAAAAGCGGAAAGAAUUUUAUACACGGCCUCGGUGCACUCGUCAUGCAAAAUCAGAGCCAAUGCAGAGGAGAUUAGGAAGUACGCUUUGGAGCUGAUACUGAAGAAGCAUGCAUAUCAUUUAAAAACACAUUGUAUCGAUAAGGCGCUAGACGACAUUACCAAUUAUGAUAUGACUAAAGAGGAUAUCAUUGGAUUGGAAAAUGUAAUUCCGAGUGGCACAGAGAUAUUCGAGGGUGUAGAACGAAAAGCAAGAACUCUCUUAGACAGGGAGUACAAAAAACUUAAGAGAAAGCUUCCAUAUGUAGAAGUAGAGAAGGAGAAAAAUGGUGACAGUGAAGGCCAAAACUCAGAUGAAGAAAUUCUGCCUUGUAGAGAAGACUUAGAUGCUUAA